AUGGCUGGCGGCAUGGGAAGCAGUCCCAUCAUUGAUGGCAUCGUUAAGAACGACAAGGUACCAUGGUAUCGCAAGAGGAACCUCCGCAGUCUGUAUCUCUGGCUGGUGCCAUUUGCCAUGUUCAUUGAAAGCACCAGUGGCUUCGACUCGUCAAUGAUGAAUGGUCUCCAAGCACUUGAUUAUUGGCAAGAGCAUUUCAAUGAACCUGACGGUGCCAUUCUCGGAUUUCUCGUCUCCUGCUACAGUCUCGGCGCAAUCACGGCCAUACCUUUCGUGCCACUUUUGUCAGACUGGGUUGGCCGUCGCUAUUCGAUCGUUUUCGGCUCAGUUGUCAUGAUCAUUGGCGCAAUUCUGCAAGGGUUUUCCACCAACCUUGCCAUGUUUAUCUUCGCACGAAUGUUCCUUGGUCACGGCAUCGUCUAUGCUAUUGUCGCUGGAUCAGCUCUGCUUGGCGAGCUCGGCCAUCCGAAGGAGCGUCAGUUCCUGGGUUCCAUGUUCAAUGCCUUCUACGCGGUUGGCGCGCUCCUAGGUGCCGGCAUCGUGAUCCAAACUCUGAAGAUUCAGAGCAAUUGGAGUUGGCGACUACCAUCACUACUACAGGCUGCACCUUCGGUGAUUCAGGUGGUGACGGUCUUUGCUAUUCCCGAAUCACCACGUUGGCUCGUAUCGAAGGACCGACAGGAGGAAGCGCUUGAGCUCCUCAUCAAAUAUCACGCCGAGGGCGACGCCUCCAGCCCAUUGCCCCACGCCGAAUUCGCCGAGAUCAAGAAAGCCCUCGAGAUUGAGAACGAAAGUCGCAAGCGUGGAUGGCUGGAGAUGUUCCAAUCUCCUGCCAUGCGCCGUCGUGCACUCGUUUCAGGUAUGCUUGGGGUUUUCUGCCAGUUCAGUGGAAACGCUCUCAUCUCUCAAUAUCUGGUUCCUAUCCUCGAGAUGAUCGGCAUCGAGAACUCGGAAACCCAAUUGAAGUUCAGUGUCGGUCGUGAGGCCUGGGGAUUGAUUGUCUGUUUCACGCUGGCCAGCAUCACGCCUCGCUUCCCUCGCCGUCGGAUGUACUUGCUCUGUACGGUGUCUCUGCUGCUCUGCUACAGCGCCUGGACGGCAUCUCAGGCUCGCCAGAUGAUCACCAAGUCCGAGGCUGCUGGCAUUGCCACCAUCUUCUUCAUUUUCCUGUACACACCUUGUUACAACAUUGCCUACAACGCACUGACGUACGUGUACUUGGUCGAGCUCUGGCCGUACUAUGCCCGCACCAAAGGCAUCACGUGGUUCCAACUCUGUUCUCGCGCGGCCAGUACCUUUGGCGCACAGGUGAACCCGAUCGGACUGAAGGAUAUAGAGUGGAGAUAUCUGCUCGUCUACGUCUGCUUCCUGUGUUUCGAGAUCGUCUUCAUCUACUUCCUCUUCCCGGAAACAUUCGGCAAGACCCUCGAAGAGUUGACUUUCCUGUUUGAGUCCGAAGCGGAGAAAUAUCGCGAGCUCGAGUCUGCGACCCACAAGGCACUUGGUCAGCACAUUGAACAUAGCGAAGUUCAGGAGGUUCAUGCAGCUCCAAACAAGGCGCCGGAGCUUUCCGAGAAGGCUGCGUAA